UUGCCUCAAAUCACACAACAGAGCUGGGCUUUACCCUACCCAGGUCCCCCGAUCUCCAGGAGGCGCAGGGAGCGGCGAGGGCCUCUCCGCCCGUAGGUGGAGCAAUUUGCGGGGACCUCGCGGCGGAGCUGCGAGCCUUCAGUGGCAGAGGAGUGGUGGAGGCCGAGCGGCACCGACCCAGCCUGCGCCCCGAUGCAGCGCGCGCUGACCAGCGCCCUGCGCCUAACACGGCCCUGGAGGCCCCUUCAGGCCUGCGGCUACGCCUCCCACGGGACCGCCAGGGACCCGGAGAUCCAAGUGCGCUCCCUGGCGGGUCCGGACCAAGGAAUCACUGAGAUUCUGAUGAACAGACCACGUGCCCGCAAUGCCCUGGGAAAUGUCUUGGUCAGCGAGCUGCUGGAAGCUCUGGCCCAGCUGAGGGCAGAUCGGCAAGUGCGUGUUCUGAUCUUCAGAAGUGGAGUGAAGGGUGUGUUCUGUGCAGGUGCAGACCUGAAGGAGCGGGAGCAGAUGAGUGAGGUGGAAGUGGGGGUCUUUGUCCAGCGGCUCCGAGGCCUGAUGAAUGAGAUUGCCUUCCCUACACCCACCAUUGCAGCUAUGGAUGGGUUUGCCUUGGGUGGAGGCCUGGAACUUGCCCUGGCCUGUGACCUCCGAGUAGCAGGUCAGCCACGGAAACAGUCUGUCAGCCCAGAUAAUCACCAACAUACCUGGGCAGGAACAUUGCCCUCUGGUUCAUUGGCACCAGCCAAGGUUUGGCGCUUUGAAGAACGGAGGGAAGGGAUGAAGAAGGCAAUAGAUCGCAUUUCAACCUUACUGACUUGGUGGUUAGCUUCCUCAGCUGUCAUGGGGCUGAUCGAGACCACCCGAGGGCUCCUCCCAGGAGCAGGAGGGACUCAGAGGCUGCCUCGAUGCCUAGGGGUGGCCCUGGCAAAGGAGCUCAUCUUCACGGGCCGACGACUGAGUGGGGCGCAAGCGCAGGCCCUGGGGCUGGUGAACCACUCUGUGGCCCAGAAUGAGGAGGGGAACGCCGCCUAUCACCGGGCACGAGAACUGGCCCAGGAGAUCCUGCCCCAGGCCUCCAUUGCUGUGCGGCUGGGCAAAGUAGCCAUUGAUCGAGGAAUGGAGGUGGACAUUGCAUCAGGGAUGGCCAUUGAAGGGAUGUGCUAUGCCCAGAACAUCCCUACCCGAGACCGGCUAGAGGGCAUGGCAGCCUUCAGGGAGAAGCGGCCCCCCAGAUUUGUGGGCGAGUGACGCCCAUUUAACCUUAAGCAUAUGGGAGAUGCAUGCCUUAAAAGGCAGGAUCCAGAAGGAAAAUUUGAAGUGCGACUGCCCUCCUUAUUUCAGCUCUGGGCUUCAGUUUCCUCACAAGGACAAUGAUGGAUGUGAAAUGAUUGGUAUGGAGCCUGGUACUAAGGUGCUAGCCAUGCCACCUCCUGCUGCCUUCACUAUUCCUCACCCUGGCUAGAUGAUCACUGAGGUCAGGUUUGCUUUGGAGAAUACCUGUCUCUCCCUACACAAAUGAUAAAUUAAAACUGGAACUUUGUAUUGUUGGCUGUCAGCCUGAUCUUUGCCUCUCAGUUAUCAGGUACUCACCAGAGAUGGCAGAAGUUGUAAGACACCCCCCUACCCCAUUUCUAACUCUGUUCAAUAGAAAUCAUAAGGAAACCCUGGUAGUGGUUGAGUAGGUGCCAGGAACCAGACUGCAGAUCCCAGCUCUCUAGCAGUUACUCAUUGUGUCACUUCAUCUGCAAAAUGAAACUGUUGUGAGGAUUUUAAAAAAAAAGCCUCAUGUUCAAUAAAUGUGAGUUAUUAUUAAUGGACAACGCUCUUGUGAGAACCAAAUGAAAUCAUCACUGUGAAAACCUCUUGUAACCUACAGGGUGGCAAGGCAAAUCUUUGAUGGCUGCAUAAAACAGACUUCAGGAGCACUGAGAAGGGAGCAAUAAACUCUGGUGGAGAGAAUGGAGGGUGAGGAAACGGGCAGGUCACACUGUAGUUGAAGCCUGAAGGAUUAAUAGGCAUUUGAGGUAAAGAAGAGGAAGGUUGAGGGAACAGUAUGAGCACAGGGGAACAGAGGAUGACACACUUAGGAAGAAAGGAGGGCUGACAUGCACAUCUACACACUCAUUUCAGUAGCCGUUCUGUACCGAGGCAGGGGAAGAGAAGGCUGCAUCUUAAACUGUGGUCUUGUGGUCAUUCUUUACCUGAUCUAAGCUCUCUGCCUGAGCUUCCUUACCCUAGGCCCAGCCUAGAGUCACUAAGCCCUGGCCAUGGACACAUACCAGUAACAUUAAUUUGCUAAUAAAUACAAAUGUAGCUCAA